UAGCAGAGGCGCCUCGCAAACAUGUAGUUGCACGCGGUACGUACGUGUAUUAUAGGUGUAAUAAUUGUGUAUUUUUACUAAAAAAUAUAGAUCAAAAAUCUAUAUGUGAUAGUUACAUAUAAAUAAGAAUAUUUGAGCAUAUAUACGUAUAAAAAUUGCCAUCUUUUAUUUAAAUUGUUUCAUGUAAUUGCAAAUAUCGGAUAUGUCGUUUCAACGAUGCUAUUCACUUACAUCAAUAAUAUCGCGACCAGUCACGACAAAUUUAAUUGGACGGUAUAUUUCAAAAAAUAGCAGUUUCAAGCAGUGUUUCCCAAAGGAAUGCGAUAAAAGUGGAACCAAUGUUGAGAUUUUCAAUUCGAAUACUUCGGAAUAUAAAAAAACCAAUAAUGGAGAUUAUGCUUUAAAAUCUAAGUAUAACCUAAACAAUAAUGUAAAUACAACUCCGUCUUGUUAUAUUCAACAAACUAAUACUAGCUUACCUAGUGAAGACUUUCUUGACGAUCAUGAUAUAACGUUACCAAAUCCUCUGGAUACGUGCACCGAAGAUAUAUCGGAUAUUGGUCCAUAUCUUACUCCAACUUUCACCUUUGCAAAGUAUGCAAACAAAUCUCGUACAAUCCAAGAAUUGGUGAAGCUCGGGGUUAAUCUACAUAAACUUGAAUCAAAGGAGGGAAUGUUGCAGUACAUCCUUAAUCUUGAUUUUGAUCAAGAUGUGAAGCCAUAUAUAAGAUUCCUGUACGAUUGUGGUGUACCUGCUAAUCGUUUGGGUGAUUUUCUUACAAAGAGUCCCAAUAUCCUCAAAGAAGAUAUAGAUGAUCUUCAUACAAGAAUAAGAUAUCUGAGGGCUCAUGAGUUUGACAUUAAUGCGAUAAAGACUAUAAUUUGCAAAAAUCCCAACUGGUUGCUAUUUAAAACAAAGGAUAUAGAUGGAAGACUUGGCUAUUUCCAAAGCAAUUUCAAACUUAGUGGUAACAAUGUAAGGAUCUUGACAAUUAAGGCACCCAAAGUAAUAACAUAUAACAUGAUACACUUAAUGGCAACCACCUUGACUAUUAAAAAUGAUAUGGAUUUUGAUGAGAAACAGACGAAACAAUUGCUUCUUACUCUACCUAGGAUAUGGGUGAAAAAUCGUGAAAGAUUGUUUGCUGUAUUUGAAUAUGCUCAUCAUGAAAUGCAAUUGAAACAUGAUUUGCUUGUGAAAGUGCCACAUAUAUUUCUUUGUAGAAAAACUAGACUUCAACAGAGGCAUUUAUUCUUGGUAGAAAUGAAAAAGGCACAGUAUGAUCCUUCUAAACCAAUGUAUGUUUCACCACGAGCCUUAGUCAGUGGUACAGAUGUAGAGUUUUGUAUGAAUAUCGCAAAAACAUCUAUUGAUGUUUACAAUGCGUUUCUAAAAACAUUUUAA